AUGAGGAAAGGCUCGUUCUUCCUGUCGUUGCUUGCGACGGUAUCCUUGUAUCUCUGCGAGACGCUGGCUGAGAUUGGGCCUGUCGGCGACCUUAUUAUAGCUAAUGCAGACGUCAGUCCCGAUGGUUACACUCGAAUGGCGGCAUUGGCUGGUGGUACCAUAGUUGGCGAGCUCAUUGUGGGUCAGAAGGGUGAUGAUUUUGCGAUCAACGUCAUUAACAAUUUGGACGAUUCGUCCAUCGUGCAGAGCACAUCAAUUCACUGGCAUGGCUUGUUCCAGAGAGGAACAAGCUGGGCCGACGGUACAGAUUUCGUAACUGGAUGCCCUAUUUCUCAUAACAAUUCCUUCUUGUACAAAUUCAACGCUGGAGAACAAGCUGGGACGUUUUGGUAUCACUCACAUCUAGCGGACCAGUAUUGUGAAGGUCUUCGCGGAGCCCUGAUUAUAUAUGAUCCCUUUGACCCCCACGCCGGUUUAUACGACAUCGAUGAUGAGAGCACGAUCAUAACUUUGUCCGACUGGAAUCAUGCUUUAACAAAAACAUUGAGGGAACCAACUUCGGACGCAACUCUGAUAAAUGGUUUGGGUCGAUGGAGCGGAGAUCCUACUACAGAACUUGCAGUUAUUCCAGUCAAGCAAGGCACUCGGUAUCGCUUUCGCUUGAUCAACAUGGCUUGCGGCACGUACUUCACGUUCUCCAUUGAACAUCAUUUGAUGAACAUCAUCGAAGUGGACGGAACAAGUCAUCAGCCUUAUCUUGUAGACGAGCUCCAAAUUUUUCCUGGCCAGCGCUACUCCUUUGUUCUAGAUGCCAACCAAGAUAUUCAAAGCUACUGGAUUCAUGCCAACCCUAACAUCGGGGAAGCUGGAUAUAAUAACGGGAUCAAUUCUGCGAUACUUCGAUACUCGGGCGCCGACGAUGCAGAACCGGAGCCAUCUGUGUCUCCCAGUGUUCUUCCUUUGAACGAGACCGAUCUAGUGCCUCUUGAAAAUCCUGGUGCCCCUGGUAUCCCUGAAAGAGGAGGUGUGGACUACGCGUUGACCUUGGACAUGUUAUAUCUAGACGACGUCGAUCGGUUUACUAUCAAUGGAGUGUCGUUUCAUCCGCCUCCGAUACCUGUGCUGCUACAGAUCCUCAGCGGAGCACGCGCUGCUAAUGAACUUCUGCCAGAAGGCUCUGUAUACACUUUACCGCCGAACUCUACCAUUGAGCUUUCUAUACCAGGAACCAGCGUAGGACACGGGCAUGCUUUCCAUCUCCAUGGACACACGUUUGAUGUAGUCCGGAGUGCGGGCUCGUCCACCUAUAACUAUGAAAAUCCAGUUCGCAGAGAUGUAGUUCACAUUGGAGACAUCGGAGCAAACGUUACCAUUCGCUUCAAGACUGACAACGCCGGACCCUGGCUCUUUCAUUGCCAUACCAAUUGGCAUCUCAAUAAAGGUCUUGCGGUUGUGUUUGUGGAAGACAGCAAAGACUGGGCAACUACAAGCCGUCCGCCUCCUGAGUGGGAAAAACUUUGUCCCAUAUAUGACGCUCUGCCUGCCUCGGAGCUGUAA